CCAUUGGCCGUCAGUUCAUCCAGAGCCCUCCCCUUACUGCAAUAUGUUAGAUGUAUCUAAAUUGUUUUGAGUUGAAUGCAGUGUUAGCUAACUGUUAGCCUCCAAACUCAAAGUUCUUGCAAGGACGGACAGUCUCCAAAAUGCCGAGACUAGAGGACGGACACAACAGGGAUUUAAGGACCAGCUGUUAAAUGUGUUGACUGGUACCUUAUCACACAGGCAACUGUUAGUAUAGGAUGCCAGAGAUGACUGAAACUCAGACACCCGGUCGUAAACCCAAAAAGAAGAAAAACAAAGAAUCCCACAAUGCAGUUGAGAGACACAGAAAAGAGAAGAUUAAUGCUGGGAUUAACCGCAUUGGUAAUCUCCUGCCCUGUUCCCAGGCACUUAAACAGAGUAAGAAUAUGAUAUUGGACCAGGCUUUUCGCUACAUCACUGAACUCAAGAAACAAAAUGAUACAAUGCUUCUGGAAGGAGGAGAUAAAGUCCAAGCCGAGGAGAUUCGUCGGCUGCGGCGUCAGUUGGAGGAGCUGAGGAAGGAGAGCGCUCACUACAUUGAUAUCCUCAAAGCCCAUGAUAUUAACCUUCUAGACGACCCCACUGUUAACUGGAAAGGCAAACAGCGCUGCGCCAAGGUGGCAAAGGUGACACCCACUCACCAACUCCCGAAGGGGAUCAUCGUAUAUUCCAAUGGCAAUGUGAUGUGUCCAGCAGGAAAGAAGACGAGCCCGGCGAAACAGCCUUCUGAAACAGUCAUUCUUCAGCCGUCUCCUGAAGUCAGUGCCAGGUUGAGGGUUAAUGGAGCCUUGCUGCAAGUUAAUACCUCUUCUUCCACCCCUGCACUUCUCCCUGGGUCAACCGCCACUCCUACCCAGUCUACACCAGGCCUGAGAAUGAUAGAGCAGUGUGUGGUGGAGACCCCAGUUGCAGCCCCGACUCUGCCACCCUCUGUGUCUUACAUCACCCUUCAGAUCCCUGCAGCCACCACAACCCUGCCCCAGCAGCCACAGCCUGCUGCUCCAGUUCCGACGCUCACCAUAGCGGCCACGUCACCCUCACAGCUCCCUAGUGAAACUCCUGCUCAGCCAGUGUCCAGUCUCACCACGCUCACCCAGGAGAUAACCACAUCCAGAGAAGGAGCCCCAGAGGUUUCCUCUUGGGUCACACAGGACACUGCUAUGAGAACUGUAAGUUAUACUGCUAUCCCCAAUAGCCAGACCCUUCUCAGGGCUGGGGCAGCAGGCAGCACACAGACUACCUGGACAACACUGCAGAUGGCAGGUAACACAGUGCAGCCAGUCUGCCAGAGUCUCACCACCCCAGAGGUCAUCAACACCACCCAAGCAGUCCAGCAGGUGACUGUAUGUCCAAUGGGAAACAAACCCUCUGUUCAGCCCAUUCAAAUACAGAUGCAACCACACGUGCCUGUACAACAAGCACCCAUUACAGCCCACAUUCAAGCACAGCCCUUUCAGAGACCACCCCAGCUACGGCCAGCAAUCCUGAACCAGGCCCUUCCUCAGCCAGUCCUAGCCCCUCAACCUCAGUGUACUGUUCUCCCCAGGGCAACAAUAGUACCCCAGCCAGCUGUGGUGACACACCCUGCCAUUGUUUCACAGCCCCAGCCUGCUGUACUUCAGCCAGCAUCAUUGGUUCCCCAUCCUCCGACAGCCCUCAUGCCUCAGCCUCAGCCCACCUUGGUGCCCCAACCACAGGCCACAGUGCUGCCCCUCCUUCAGACCAUGCAGGUGCUGCAGGUCAACCCAAGCGGAGGGACAGCUUCGGUUGCAACGGCCCCACAGAACACUAACAACCCAAGUGUGGUCAUCCUACAGCAGGCCAGUUCUUGCCCAACCCAGUCAGUUGUAAGGGACGAAAUAAGCAAUCAGACACCUUGUCAGCAUAUUGUAAUCAUCCAGGCACCCAAUCAGGCUGCACCUGCCCCUCAGACUCAACAGGUUGGCAUAGUGCCUGCAGCUGUGCCUGCUGCAGUACCCGUUAUGUCCACCCAAAUACCCACAACCAGCAGUUCAACUUCUGCACCUUCCUUACAGAGUGUUGGGGGAAAACAGCUGGUGCAUAUUCUCCCACGCCCUGUUCAGCCUCAAAUGAACCAUCCCCUUCAGGUCACCCAGGCCUCCUCUUCCCCACCAAUUCCUUCAACCCCACAGACUAUCACUGUGAAUGGCCAGGUGUUUGCCCUACAACCAAUGAAGACUUCUGACCACUCCAGCUCCCAGGGUGGGCAGAGUACACUCCAGCUGGUCCAGCCCACCACCACAGAGGAACCAACAACUAAUGUGGCCCUGAACAGUUUAGGGGCUCUCAGCAGUCUCAAUCAGAGUAUCUCUCAGGGCCUUCCACUUACCAUUUCUAGCCAGAGCAGUAUUCAGCCUUCAGCUGCUCCAUCAUCAAUAGUCCAGCAGACACCGCCUCCCACUCAAGCAUCCGUCCCUGGAACCACACUUGCUCUACCUGCCCGGCAGCUACAGGUCCCUGUGAAUCCAGUCAAAUCAACGCUGGUGGUGAACGCCUCUAACACUACAGGAAGGAGGCUCCGUACAACUUCGAAUGCAAAGAGAGCAACAGCUAAAAGGACUAAACAACCCAAGAAAAAAGAGCUCAGUCAGGCACAGCCUGCAGUUGCUGUUUCAGCCAAGCCAAUGGCUGCUGCAGGAGAAAGUCAAACAGUUCAAGUUACAGUGUCAGAAAGUUUACAGUCCUCGACUGUAAAAGUCACAGACAUUCCCCCUGCUUGUACCACAGCUGUCACAACUGCUGACUGUAUAGAAGCUGGAGCAAGUGUCACCUCUACACAGAACACUCAGAUAAUGAUUGUAUGCAGUUCUUCUAAUGAGUCAACUGUGCCGAGUCAGUCCAAUCCACAGACUAAAAUCCCUGUCAGUGCAACUCAGUCUGGUGUUAUAUUCAGUCAGACUAGUAACACUAGUAGUGUGGCAACUACAGUUACAACUGUCAAUGUCACAUCAGUCAAGCCGUCUGUCAGUGCAGCUGUGACCACUGAGAGUAAACCAGCUGUAGUUUCUGGCAACAUCUCGGCAGUAGUCAAACACUCAAUUCCAGAGGUUAAACAAGCAACCACCAGUUCAGCAACUGGCACAACACAAAGUAAGUCAGCUGCCACUACUAGUGUCUCUAGACAGAGCAGAUCCGUUGUCAGUUCUACAGGUGCCACUGAGACUCGGUACACUCCCACCACUGCUGCAUGUAUGACUCCAGUCUGCUCCAGCAGUGUCACAGCGACUCCGCCAGUAUCUUUCAAUCAAGCGACACCACCAACUUCAGCAUGUCAUCCCCAGGGAACUAAUACCCCAGGUCUUCUGCCCUGCAGUAAACCGGUUUCUCAGAUGACAGCUUCACCCUCUGUGUCCACAACUGUGGGUCUCCCAUCACCUGCCACAAGCUUUUCUGUAGCCCAAAGCUCUGUUGCAGCCCCUACGACAAGUUCAGAGUUUAGGAAAAGGGUCACUACCAGUAGAGCUCCAACGCUGCAGACUGAUAUAAACAUUCCCAAUCCCUCCCCCUGCCUUCCCAUCGUCAAACCACCCCAGCCCGCUGGAGGAGACAGAGAGGCUCAUGUGGACAGACACUCCACAGUAGCAGCGAAAGAGGGCUUGGUGGCAGCAACUUCUGAAACUCCCUCCAGAAAGGAUUUUUGCAUGUCUCAACAGGUGUACACUAACCUCGAUGAUCAAACUAUAGAUCACCCCAUGACAUCCAGCAGACAGACAGAUUCUCCCAUGUCUACAGGGGCUGGGGGAGGCAGAGGGUUCUCUGUGGCAUCCAUGCUUCCCCAGGGCAACAGUAUUAGUGCAUCAUCUGGCUCAUUUGGAACAUUUACAUUCACCUCUGAGCAAGCAGAAAUGCUGGCCUUGGCCAUGCUUGAACAGGACAGUCCAGGAAGGCGGAACGGAGGUUGCUCUGGGGACAACAGUUCUUCAACGAACCCCACCACAGCCACAUGGGAGCCCCCCAAAAGUCCGCCAGUGUCCAGCAGUAAAGAAAGGGGCUCAGCUCAACAGACAAAAGUGACUAAACCCAUGGACACAGUUACAGUUAAACCAGCUGUUCAGGUGUCUGUCAGAGGUCCGGUGGGGGAGGGGUCUGUCAGUGGACCUAAUGGAAGCAGACAUCCACAGAACAUCUCAUACUCUCAGUCACAGUCCCUUCCCCAAGCCCAGUCUCAAAGUUCCUCCCAGAGCGGCACUGUUGCCAGCCUCAGCGUCAACAACUUGAUCAGGCCCAGUUCCGGUCAGCAACCCUACCCUGGCUCUCCCAGUCUGGCUGGCCAGCAGAGGUCUGUUCCCUCACCUGUUGGGACCUCGGCACACAUAUCCCAACCCUCAAACAAUGCCCUCUCGCCCUGCUCUGGCGCAGCCCAGCUGAAUGAGUACACCCCAUUAAAGACUGCAUUAAUGAGGGCUCAGGCUGGAGUUGGUGUUGCUGAGCGGCAAGUUAAGAUCAUCUCCAAGAGGCAGGCCCAAGAGGAGGUGAUGCUGAACACUGGAAAACGAUCCAAGCCUUGCCCUCCUUCAGCUACCAGUGUUAGCCAUAUGGAAGUGAAAGCACCAGACCACAGCCAGAUGAUGGUGGGGCAGCUGCCUCCCACGUCUGCCGCUGUCAUGACGAGGAUUAAUUCAGAAAGCGCAGGCCCCCUCUUCUCCACAAACUCUUUCAUGAGCCCAGUAGUCCGACCCACAGAUGGCCACUGCCCUCCUCAAGGGCCCCCUGAGCAGAACCAGCCAGGUGUGCUUCAUCUGCCCCAAGGUCAUCCACAGCAUACUGCAACCCAGCCCGGCCAGCACCUGGGAGGAAACCUUUACAUGAAACAGCAGCAGCAAGAGCAGCAGAGACACCAUCUCUAUCAUUUGCAACACCACCUGACACAGCCUGACCCUGCGCAGCGCCACUCACUACACCAGAGGGCGCUUCAACAGCAGCAGCAGCAGCAGCAGGAGCAGCAGCAGCAGCAGCAUGGGCAGAAGAAGAGGGGACUUGUGAGAGGCAGUCAGAAUGGUUCACCUGCCGGGCUGCAACAGAAGCAGCAUCACCUGGAAAAGUCUGGAGUUCAGCAGCCGCACUCACACCAACAGCAACAGACACAGCAUCAACAGCACACGCAGCAGCAGCAACAGUCACAGCAGCAUCAACAGUCACACCAACAAUCACAGCAGCAUCAACAGCCAACACAACACCAACAGUCUCAUCACCAACAGCAGACGCACCAACAGCAGCCACAGACGCAGCAUCAACAACACCAACAACAACAGCAGCAGCAGCAGCAGUUACAGCAGCAGCAGCAGAGCUCUCACUCCAGGCACCAGCAACAUCUGCAGCAGCAGAUCCAGCAACAGCAGCAGCAGCAGCAGCAGCAGCAGCACUUUAGACAUCAGGAGAAGAGCUGUGAAGCCCAGGCCGCAGGAUCCAGAACCCACCAUAGCAGCCACCUGGGCCAGCAGGAGCACCUCAAGCCUGGUCAGGACCAUAACGCUAUGCAGAGGAUGAUGAGUGCCAGGACUCUGGAGCAGCAGCUCAUCUCUCCUCCCAGCAAUCCUGUGUCCCGGUCGUCUGACCUGGCUUGCGCUCCAUCACGCCAGGAGCGUCACCGUGUUUCCAACUACUCUGCUGAGGCGCUCAUUGGUAAAAGUUCCACCAGUGGGGAACAACAGCGCAUGGGUCUCCACCUCCAACCUGGCCGUGGUGCCACACAGGAGCAGCCGGACCUCCGCGGUUACCUCGACACAUCGCGAGGGAAGGCCAACAUCGCACACAACCAACAGAAUCGGCUCACCUCUGAACACCCAGUAUCUGCUGAUGUCCAGCGGGUCUCUGAGUGUCCACCAUUCAAGGUUAUGGGAGGAGGAGGAGCAGCACAUCAGCUUAGUGGUUUUGAGGCUCAGGUGUCUCGUGGGAGUGACAUGGCUGCUAAGUCAGUGCAGCCCUCCCAGAGGGGUCCUCAGGGGCAGCAACAGGGAGGGUUCAGGAUGGGCGUUGGCCCCCCAGCGGAUGGCAGGAACCGUGGCGGCUACAGCACAGCUCAUCCCGGCUCACAGGGAGUCCAGGUUGGACCCGCACUGCCCCGGGAGCAGGAAGGAUGUCACCAGAGUUUCAUGCAAAGCCUCCUUUCCCCCCACCUGCCUGAUCAGAGCAAUCACCAGCGGGUGCAGUGCUGUCCCCCAGUCAGCAUGGAGUACAGCUGUGUACCUGGAAGCUCUUCAGGAGACAUACAGGGCAAGGCCUCCAGCCCCAGUGUGCCACAGACACAGAAGGCCCAGGCUAUGCGUCUCGGAGAGGGCAACAAGGGCCACAUUUCUCAGGUGAGCAGUAAUAUGCACGGAGGCCCGGGUGUGCGUGCAGGUCUGCCCCACCCUCCGACCCCACACAGCAGCUCUGAGCCAGGCCGCACCUCAGCCACCUCCAGACCUCCCACUGCUGUUAGCCAGCACUCUCGCCACAUCGCCCGAGACGCUCCGCCCACCAAGCUGAGACCAGGUGACCGGGCUCGAUCAGGUGCUCUGAGACACAGCAACCCCUUUGAGCCUGAGGGCCACCUGCCUCUGCCCUCUGGUGGCGGGGUGCUGCUGAGCAGGCCACAGUCGGGGGGAGAGGCACGACGCAGCACUAUCGUUCGAUUUAUGGCAGAUAGUGCUCAGGUUCCCAGUGACAACAACCUGGUUCCUGACCAACACCUAACUCAGAACUUUGGUUUCCCCUUUAUUCCUGAGGGAGGGAUGAAUCCUCCACCUCCCAUCAAUGCUAACUCCACUUUCAUCCCUCCAGUCAGUCAGCCCAACGCCUCCCGCACGCCAUCUCUUCUCCCCGUGGAGCCCCAGAACACUUUACCCUCCUUCUACCCUUCUUAUUCUCCAGCGGCUCACCCCAGCCUUCCCAGCGAUGUCACCCUCCAAUACUUUCCCAACCAAAUGUUUACCAGCCCGAGCGCCGACAAGGGCAGCGCUCCUCCGCUCAACAACCGCUUUGGCUCCAUCCUCUCCCCGCCUCGUCCCGUGGGUUUUGGCCAGGCCAGCUUCCCCUUGCUUCCAGAUAUGCCACCUAUGCCCAUCGCCAACUCAUCUGGAAUCACCCCUCACAUAUCCAACUUCAGCCUCACCUCACUGUUCCCUGAGAUCGCCACAGGCAUGCCCACUGACGGUUCGGCCAUGCCAAUGUCUCCCCUGCUGUCUCUCUCCAACACCUCGUCUGCUGACUCUGGGAAGCAGCCUAAUCGUCCUGCCCACAACAUCAGCCACAUUCUUGGCCACGACGGCAGUUCAGCUGUGUAAGAGGAGGCCCUGCUGCUUUUUGAUGAACUGGUGUUCUAAAGAGGAUGUUUGAUUUUGACUUCAAGAGGGGUUUGUUUUAAAUAUUCAGGAAGUCGUGGCGAACGACCUGAUGAACGGUUUCUAGGCCAAUACGACACCACGUCUGUCUGGUGGUGAAUUUUGUUGUUUACAUGUUCACACGGUCUCAAUCUCUGUUCCUUCUGGCAUACGUAUGAUGUCAAAGUUAUAAUUUGUAAUUAUCUUUUGAUUUUAAGGUGACAGGAAAUGACGUUCCUUAAAAGCUCUUUGUAUGAGAUGUUGGUUAAACCAACAACAAAAUGAUAUUUAGGUUUAGAACUUGAAUUCAUUGUAUUUUUGGGGUCGUUAAACCUUCUGCACAGUUACCUACCAAUGUAAUUUACUAACUUAUAUCAGGUUGUAGUGUACAGAAUCUUUGUUUUUCCAAGAGCUAUUUUGUAAAUACCAAUGUUUCAUAUCAAAAUUGUUAGAUUAUGUAUGUAUUUGUAAAUACAAAAUUGAUUAAUAAAGUUUAUAAGGAGACAAUUGUA